AUGGCAUCACUGGCUUCUCUACCUCUGCCUUCACCAUUUGUGACGGGAGCCGGCGUCUCCCGUUCUCAACCUUUCGGAAAACACUCAUGGCGGCUCCCGCGGCAGCCAAGGCUCAGAGCUCCAUACCGACGCUGCACCACGUUGCACCCUUGGGAGAUCUCUCCGGCAGAUGAAGCUUCCGGCGACGGCGCCAGCCUCGUUCUGGGAAGCAGCGAGCUCGUAGGAUCCAUGGCCACGAAGGAUGCAGGCGAAGCCCCCUUCCUCGAGGAAGGAAGCCAGCUGCCCAAGAAGCAUCAGCCCCUCAAAUGGCCAUUUUGGCUCUUGGGCCCCCUGGUUCUGCUGCUCACAGGCAUGGCGCCGACGCUGUGGCUGCCGCUGUCGUCCGUCUUCCUCGGCGCCAACAUCGCCGGCGUUCUCGCACUGGUGGGGCUCGACUGCAUCUUCAACAUGGGCGCGACCUUGUUCCUACUCAUGGCCGAUGCCUGUGCUCGGCCGGAGGGCUCCUCUCUCACGUUCAGCUGCCGGGUCCCGCUCGGCUACAAGCUCUGGAACAUGGCUGCAAGCGUGGUCGGAUUCAUCGCCCCUGUGGCGAUGCUGCUGGCCUCGCACGGCGGGUCACUCCAGCCGCAGCUGCCUCUGGUCUCGUUCGCCGUCCUGCUGGGGCCGUACCUUCUGCUUCUGUCAACGCAGAUGCUGACGGAGACGCUAACCUGGCACUGGAAGUCGCCGGUGUGGCUGUUGACGCCCGUCGUGUACGAGGCGUAUCGAGUGCUGCAGCUGAUGAGGGGGCUGAGGCUGGCGGCUGAGGUUGGGGCGCCUGCGUGGGCGGUCGACGCCAUUCGGGGGCUCGUCUCUUGGUGGGUGCUGGUUCUUGGGAUUCAGCUGAUGCGGGUCGCGUGGUUCGCAGGGAACUCACAUCAAGAUGUAGAAGGGCUACCGAGCUGA